AGGCCGCUCCUUCAGCCUCGUUGGCUCCUCCUGCUCUUGCUCGGGGCUCCGACGCUCAGCCAAAAGCGAAUCGGGGCGGUGAAGCUCAGCAGAGGCUCCGACGGCUCCCGGCCCCACUCCUCGUCUCAUCCUGCUCCUCAUCCGCCCUCAGCCAUGGCAAGAAACCACCAAGUGCAGAAAGCCAAGCUGGCCGAGCAGGCUGAGCGCUAUGAGGACAUGGCGGACUUCAUGAAGGCGGUGGUGGAGCAUGGAGACGAGCUGUCCAACGAGGAGCGCAACCUCCUCUCCGUCGCCUAUAAGAACGUGGUGGGCUGCCAGCGCUCGGCGUGGAGGGUCAUCUCCAGCAUCGAGCACAAAACCGAGGAGGGAGACGACAAAGCGCAGCUGGUGAAUGAAUACAGGGAGAAGGUGGAAGAGGAGCUGAAGGGCGUCUGCAACGUGGUGCUGGGCUUGCUGGAGAAGCACCUCAUCAAGAAGGCCGGAGAUGCAGAGAGCAAAGUGUUCUACCUGAAGAUGAAGGGAGACUAUUACCGAUACCUGGCUGAGGUGGCCUCCGGCAACGACCGCAAGGAGACGAUCGACAGCGCCCAGAAGGCGUACCAAGAGGCCAUGGACAUCAGCAAAAAGGAGAUGCAGCCCACGAACCCCAUCCGCCUGGGGCUGGCCCUCAACUUCUCCGUCUUCCACUACGAGAUCGCCAACGCCCCCGAGCAGGCCAUCUCGCUGGCCAAGACCACCUUCGACGAGGCCAUGGGGGACCUGCACACGCUCAGCGAAGACUCCUACAAGGACAGCACCCUCAUCAUGCAGCUGCUCAGGGACAACCUGACGCUAUGGACAGCCGAGUGCGCGGGUGAAGACGGCGGCGAGGCUGGCGAAGAGCCCAAGAACUGAACGGCCCCCAAUGCAGCUGGGGUCCAUCCCCCACCUCCUUCCUCCUCCCCUCCCUCCCAGACUCCCCCCCCUUUCCCCUUCCCCUUCCCGAAGCCCUUCGGUGUCUUUUCCUUUUGUUUUGUUCCUUUUUUAAGGAGUGGGGAAGGUAUUUCGCCCCCCCACCCUUACCCCCCCUCCAGUUCUGGGAGUGGGGUCCAUAUGUUUGCCCUUUGGCAGGGCCUCCCCUUUCCUUCUCCCCCCCCCCAUGUUCUUGUCAUGCUCCCCUCACCCCUUUAACACUUUGUUUGGGGGAUACCCCAGCGUAGCUUAGGGGGGGCCCUAGCCCUCUGUCUUGGGGGGCUAGAGCCGUGCCGCUGGUCCCUUGGGGGCAAUGGGAGGAGGUGAUGGGACGGGAUGGGGAGAAAGGGGAGGGGGGGGGUUGAUGUGCCCCCCACCCGGAUGGAGGAUUGCGAAUUGCCGAAGCCUCUGUGUGGCUCCAAUAAACCAUCUCGUGCACGUC